AUGGUAGUUGAUGUUAGCUGUGAUCCCAACAGUCCAUAUAAUCCCCUGCCAUUCUACAAUUCAGCAACAACAUUUGAUCAGCCAUGCGAGAGAGUCAAACUUUUGAAGUAGGUUUACAUUAACUCAUGCCAUGAGGGGAGUGAAAAUUUGAGUGAAAUUGUUGCUGUUCUUCAAGGAGGCAUGACCUCUAGCUCUCCAAUGCCUGUUAUUAAUUUGUUAUCCUUCUGUAGCUUUUAUACAGUCUCCCGCCUCAUGAAAUUCGUAGUGAGUGCAUCUUUAACAGGUGUUAUGGAUCAUGGCCUUAACUGACAGCACAGUUGCUGUUCAAUAUGGGUGAAAGUGUUAAAAUUGCUAAUAAUAUAAAAAAAAUCCCUUGAAGACUGACUAAACAUCCCCCCCCCCCUAACUGCUCCCCCCAUUAUCUACUAUAUAUCACAUGAUACUGGUCCCAGUUUAUCAAAAGUUAGAAUGCACUACCCAUCCGAUAAAUUGUCCUGGUACGUAUUAGGGACUCUAACUUGUUUAGCCUGCUAGCAAGCUGUCCAAUUAUGGCAAGUGAAGUGAACUGCAAAGGAAUGUGCAAGCAAAUUGCCAACCCUAGCUCACAUUCGCGUCAGUCUUUCGGGGGUGGCUCUCGCAUGACUUUUGCCACUCCCUUAAAUGGAGAGCUUACUCGUAGACUAUUAAGAAAUAAUUCCACGAGUGUGCUUUGGAUAUGAGAUGGUAGAUAGCCAAAGAGGUGCGUAGCAUAUUCAACAAGUGCGAGUGGAAUAACUGUUUUAGUAAAAACGGCCACAUAAUAUCGAGAAUUCUCUCCGACUUUAUUUGUAAAAACAACCGAUUUUCAGCUUGUUUUUAAUUUUGACAAAUUUGGAGAGCAUGGUAUAAUCGCUCACAUACCAUGAUGGCUAAGCCAAUCAGAGCUCUAGAAUUGCAUUAUCCAAUGAUUCAGUUUUUAAUAAAACCCAUUAUCAACUGGAAAGAGAUUUGUAUAGUGGACAACACUAUCCACCUUUUGAAUAACUGGGGCCUGGUGUUUCACUAGAAUGCAACUUGUCAUUGCUCAUUUGAGCAGUUGGAAUAUGUAAACGUUAUGAUGUUGUUCAAAUGGUGCUUCAUGCAAAUUGAGCAUGAUUCGGCUCUGUCUUUUUCAGCUCCAGUAAGCCUGUUGAUGUCUCAGCUAUAGACCACUUGCCUUCUGUUUUACCACGUGAAAGUAGCGAACGAUUUGCCAACAAAAUGACACCUUACUUGCUUAAAUUAGAUAAGGUAUGUAAUAUUACAGAGACCACAGAGUAUACCGUAAAAUUCCGAAAAUAAGCCCCGGGGCUUAUAUUUUUGAAAGGCCCUUUUUGACGGGCUUAUCUACGGAGGGAAAUUUGCGUUUCUAAAUCGAUUGGGCUAGCCUCAUAGUUAGACUGAAAUUUACCGUUUUUGCUUUGUUUUGCUUUGUACUUGAGGGCAAUUUCCAAGUUCAAGCCCCCCCGGGGGGGGGGGGGCUUAUAUUCGGAGGGGCGAUUUAACGGACGGUUUUUUGCGUUCGAGUUUGGGGGGCUUAUAUUUGGAGGGGUUUAUACAUGGAGGGGCUCAUUUUCGGAAUUUUACGGUAAUUUGAUUGGUGGGGCUAAUGUAAGCGCAAGCUGAACUAGCGUCCUUCUCAAAUCGACGGCAAUGCUUUUUGUCACCCUUUUGUUAGUUUCCCGCACAGAAACGUAUAUUUAUAACACAAUGUGUUUGCUUUUAACGCAAAUAUUAGAAGCACGUUUGUAAAUGCAAAAGAAAAGAAUCGGGCAAAAUUAUUGGUGGGGAUAUACAGUCAACUCUCCAACUCCCAGGCAAAAGUAAAUUACAGACGUUUGACUGAAAUAAACUCCCGCUAUUACGGACUCUUGCUAAUGAGGACACUAGCUCAAGGUCGUUACAAUGUCCGCUAUAUUAAAAGGAGUCGACUGUAUAUCCACCCAGCUCCAUGGCUCCGUGAUCCCUGCAUGUAUUAUGAAUCUAUCCUUACUUAAAUGCAGCAAUUGCUGUUUACUUAUCAGGUAAUUAACUGAAUUAAGUGAGUGGUAAAGCUUUACAGUGUUUGAUUUUUUUUCAGGAUCCUGUUUGGGCCAGAACCAAGACAAUGUUUGAUAAAAAAGCAGAAGAAGCUAAAAGAUUGUUGGAUUCAGGCUGUUAUCAGUGAAAUGAAUUAGCGAUUUUUCUUACGCUUAAUUUAAAAUUGUUAGGUAGCAGCUGGUCUGAUAUUUGUAAAAAAUAGCUUUUAUGAUCAAGAUUAAAUGAAAUUUGAUUGCACGUUGUUGUGAACAACAUGCAUUUUAAGCUUAACUUAUUUCAGCUUAUUGCCAUGGCUCUAUUAACUUGUCAAGUUUUGAAACUUUAUCUUUUAUUUAACUAGGUCGGUCCUUAAUUAGAAAAUAAAGAAUUAAAUAAUUGAAUAAACAAAGUGUUCCCAGAUUCUUGUGCCUUUUUCAAGUUCAGGCUGUGUCACAUUUUGUGUCUGUGAUGGUGAUUAGCCGAAGUGGCCUUCGCAGUAGCCUGUUCCGUUUUUCAGAUAGUGGGGGGUGGCGCCUUCUGCCCAGCCUGCGUAGGGUAAGGGGAUCGGUAGUCUGCAUAGCAGACGCUUGGAAGAAAUGGGUGCGAGAAAAAGAAGAAUAGGGAGCAAGAGAGUUCUCGCUCUCCCCCUUCCCCUCUCCUUUUUGGCGCGCCUGGAACUAGGCUAUCCUCGCUGUGAUGAAUUGCGGUCGUUUUGCCCGUAAGUCGAUUCGCCCGAAGGCGCUCGCUAGGACUGAAGUAGAUUCGCCCGAUGACAUACAACACUCUACAACAUGGUGAACCUACUUCUCCGAGAUGUUAUCUUAGUAAUCCUUAGAUUCCACAAGUGCAGUUACUGUCUUUCUAUGCCUAUUCCUAUUUCUCGCUUAAAGAACGACAAAUACACAUCGGGCGAAACGAACCGAUACCGCUGUGAUUACUGUAGGUAAGCUAGUUGAAAAAGAACUUACUUGAAACACCCCCUUGAAAUACUUUAAAAAUAACACAAACGAGGGGCAGUCUCGUUAAUGGCCUUGUUUUUCGUUGACUAUCUCCGUGUUACUGUAUUCAAUCAAAGUAUGACCCUGUAGAGUGGGAGUCAUUGGUUCGUCAAUACUUGUUUGAGAAUUUUUGGAUGACUUUUUGAAUGUUUAUAAUAAAUAAAAAUUACAGGUGGGGUGGGGUGGGGUUGUUUACACUUUUGGAAAACUUGAAAAGAUUGGAUGUGGCGGUUGUUGAAAAUUAAAAUAUUAAGUGAAUUAUUAGUCGAGAAGGACCAGAUAGUCAAACAACACAACAAGGUGCAGAUGUCGACGUGACUGUAGCCGCACUAACGUGUAAAUGAACAUUUUUCAUCACAAGGCUGGUAUUGCGAUGAAGGGGCACUUUUAGCCACAACAAAUUUUAACUGGAAUGUUCAAUUUGUCGCCUUGGCUUCAUCAAGUCUUCUGUUAGUUUUCUUUCAAAUGUUGCAGUCUGUUCUCGAUCAACCGUGACUAUUGCCAGUGUAUUGCUAUUUGCUACCAGGUACAGUUUUUACGGCCAUCUUCUUCUAUUUUUACUUUUACAAGUUUCCAUCUUGCCCCUAGCUAUAUGUACUUUCCGCCGUAUCAGUACGUGAGUGGCCUUUUGGGCGUGGUGAGUUGAAAUUGAGAGCGGCCUGGGAAUGUCCCGACCCAGGCUCCUAUUCUGUUAUCCCGCGAGAAAACAAACAUUUCGACGACGUGCGGUUGGUCAUGGCGGUACAUUUAUGGCUUAGAGCAGAAACGAAACCGAAUGAAAGACGCACUCAUAUCACACCAGAAAGGUGCAAAGAUCUAGUCCAAGCAGGUAAGAAGAAUCUAAGAGCCCUCACGCUUUUCAAAAUUGUGUAUAACAUCCCGUCCCCAGCAUCCGCGUUUUACUCGUAUUGUUGGACAUUCCAUAUUUUUUAGCAGCAUCCCCUGUUAAAAGAUGGCUGAAAUCCGUACCCUCAGUAAUAAUCGACGCCCUUUGCAAAAUGAAAUCCGAAGGGUUAAAUUGGUAAGAUUUCAGUACAGCCCUGUGCAUUUUAAUAAUAUGCAUGCAGCAAUAUACCUUAAUCAUGCAGCAAUAAUCACGCAAAUAGCAAUUAAUGUGGAAUAAAGUCAUAAUAAACGUAUGGGACUGAGCGGAAAUCUUACUAUAAAUUGGCUUCCUAAGUUUCAGUUCUUUUGCCGGUGUGCAACAAACGCAGACUGCAGACUUGCAGACUGGCAGGUAAAUGAGGUAAACAUUGUCGUGAAAUGCUCUAACAGAUUCCCUAUCCCUAAACUAGAUUUUUAGAAGACUUAAAGUUUAGGGAUAGGGAAUCUGUUAAGGCAUUUCACAACAAUGUUUACCUCAUUUACCUGCCAGUCUGCAAGUGUGCAGUCUGUGUUUGUCACACACUGUUCUUUUGCUACAGUCUUGGUAAUCCAUUGGGCUAUUCCACCCCUGUACCUUAGGGAAGUUCAGGUCCAUUUUGCUACCCUGUUCCUGGGGGUGGGACUCCCAUAUAAACAUGACAGGGGUUCUCGUCAUCUUGCGUAGGGGUUUAAAUUGCAGAUUUUGGUCUCACUUAGGGUGUUUGCGAUGGAAAUUCACUGUAUAUUUUCCCAUUCAGGCAUGCUUAAGGCUGUCCAUUAAGAAAUUUACCAAAAAUGCCUUGACACUGGCCACAAAGAAAUCUAACUUUUAAAAAAGAACACAACAUCCCUUGCAGGACACAAAUCUAUUUCUGUUGUUGGUCUCUUGUAGGGGUCAGUUUAAGCUUGAGCCACAUCCACAGUGCUCUCCCUUAGGGGUUUAAUUUUAAUUUUCGAACAAGCAUCCCUGUCACUUUUAUAUGGGAGUCCCACCCCACGCCCUGUUUAAGACAAGAGACCUUUUGUUGUGACCAUGAUAAAGAGUGCAUCUCCCAACCUGGGCUGCACUCCUCUUAGUGAAGGCUAUAGAACACUCCUAGGGGAAGGGGUGAGUCUUCACAAGUCAUUUCUAAGGGGGAAGCUAUGUGUUGGCACUUGAAUCUUUGUUUUUUUAGGUUGUGAAACACAUAAAUAAUUUUUGUGUGUUACAACCUAGUAGUUGUCAGUCUGGAAAGUUGCAGUGGUGGGGGGGAGGGGGGUUGGGUCCCAAUUUAGAUGAAGUGGGCUUUCUAGUAGUUUUUAGAAUUUCACUUGUGAGUAAAUCAAUUAUUAUUAUUAUUAUUAUUAUUAUUAUUAUUAUAAUAAUUAUUAUUAAAUGAUACUACUCAUUUUAGGUAUCUUUCUUCUUGUCAUUACCACCAGAUUAACAGAAGCAUAACUUACCUUUAUGUUUAAGGUUUUAAGUUGACUGUAGAGAAGUCGGAUCAGCGUAUCUUCAAGGAUGAGGAGUAUGCUAGGUAAAUUAUUGUCUGAGACUGGUUUUAUACAUGGUGUUGCACUUUUCUGUCAACCUCUCUCAGUAGUAAUGUCUUCUUUUAUAAACUACUCAAUUUAUUAUGUAUACAGCAUUCCUGGUGUGGAGAUGGCUCCAUUAGGCUCCUGGACAAGUGCUCCUAAAGGUGCAUUUAUUGUUGGCUUAAAAGAACUCCCAGAAACCGAUGAUCCAGUCACCCACAGGCAUAUCUUUUAUGCUCAUGCGUAUAAGGUAAGAAAUGUACACCAAUCAGCCGUAACAGGUUCUGGCAUGAUGAUCCAACUUUAGAAAGUUGUUGAUAUUAUUUUUAAUUUCAUGAGAGCAGCUGAGGGCAAAUACCCAAAAUGGAGUUAAAUCCAGUAAUCUCUCAGUAUACAUGGUUAUUAGGAGCUCUAACCUCAUGUAAUUGCUCUGUAUUGUGAUUUGCCUAAAAUAGAACCCCACAGUUUCCAACUUUAAAGUCACUAAUUUCUUUAAUGUCUUGCUCAAUGAAUCUUUCUUUUCUCCUCGUGACAAAGGACCAAACUGGAUGGGCGGAGCUACUUUACAGGUUUGUCAGAGGAGGGGGAAGCAUUUAUGACAUUGAGUUCAUGUGUGAUGACACAGGUAAGGAAUUGAAACCUGAAAAUAGUUACAGUCAACUCUCUGUCUUAACAGACACCUCGGUAAAACAAACACCUAGCAUUGGUUUGAUCCUCCCUUUCUUUACCCCCCUUUAUUUAAGUAUUGGUCCCAAAGAUGUCCAUAUUAAAGAGAGUUGACUGUAUUAAAGAUUCACCGUUGUUGCUUCUCAGUGUAUGGUUUGUUUCCAUUUACAGUAUAUGAAAGGAUUAUAAUCACAAUUUGGUUCCACAAACUCCUCCCAGCUUCAGAAUCUCCGGUGCCCUCCCAUGGGGAUUUGUGGGUGGGGUACCAAUAUUUUCUUGAACCUCGUGGACACAAUGAAUAAGAAAUAUCACUCAAGAGAGUUGCAUGUUCAACUAAAUCUGAUCUCACUGUUGUGUUACAAGGUAAAUGUGUGGUUCCUGUGUUUUCUACCAUGGCUGGACUGUGUGGAAUGGCUGUUGGGGUUAUUGCCUGGUGUCACCAACAGUUAAAGUAAGUUGUCUAACUCAUAAUCUUUCAUGUAAAUUGUCACUUUUAAUAAAAUAUGAUUAUUAUUUCAUCCUUGUGUAGCAUUUUACAGGGGUGGGAAAACAUCCCAUCUAGUUGCGUCCAGGACUAACAUGCUAGAUUCUCAUGCUCAGCAAGUAACUUUUUAUGCACACUUGCCCGAGGGCCAUUAGAUAAGUUAUCUGUUAUUAAAUUGGCAACUAUAAGACAAGCAAGCAAUGGCCCCAGGCGAGCAAAUAUGUGAGCUGCUUUGGAAUGUAAGUAUUUUUGGAGCCCUGGACCAAAAUUCCGAGAACUUUUAGCUGAUUGUCUUCUUCAAGCCCCGACCUGCAGGAUCCCCACUAACAAACAAAUAGGCCUAUGCCGUCCAAUAUUUCCUGUAUUUUAUUAAACCUGCUUGGCAGGUGCUGGAAAAAGGGAAAAAACUGCAAGUUCCUUUCCUGAACUGUAUAAUUUAAUGACACAACAAUAGUGUCUGUUUUUCUUUCUAGUCCAGUUGUUGCCCUUCCAUCAGUUUCAGCCUAUGACAAUGAAGAAAGCAUGCUGAACUUUGUAAAAUCUCAACUGCAAGACAUCGCUAAGAAGAGAGGUAUUAUAUGAUGUUAUUGGCAAAAUUUCUUAGAACUUUAUUAUUAAUCUUGUUUUCUCUAAUACACUCAUUUUUUUUGUAAGCUUGCCAGUGAUAUCAUAAUUGGCAACAGUUAUUUCUUGCAUUUCUAGUUAAAACAUUUCACACUCCAUCUGACAUAAAGGCUUGAGCUAGCACUUGAAAAGUCACACAUUAGUUCCUAAAUUACAGGGCUCUUUCACUUUCCCUAAGUAAUUAGUGACCAUCUCCAGCUAAUGUGAAACCUAACUAAUUCUUUCCACAUAGAAAAAUGAUUAUUUCCUCAAGAGGAUCCGGACAUGACUUUUCUUCCUUGUAUGUAUUUAAAUAAUAAAAAGAUAAUGGCAACUUUUGCAGGGGUGGCUGAAGUUUUUCCUCGGAUCCUUGUGGUUGGUGCCUUAGGUCGGUGUGGCAAAGGUGCUAUUGAGAUGCUUCUGAAAAUGGGAAUUCCUAAGUAUGUCUCACUUACACCUGUAUAGUGUGUGCAUUUUCUUCUAGUGAAUAUUAUUCUUUCAUUCUUUUAUAAUUGUACACAACUUAAAGACACGCAAUUUUCCAGAUCAUUACAUGUCAGUUGUUUACUCCACUGAUUUUAACAACAGCUUGUAAUUUCUUUUUGUGACGGAAGAUCAAAUAUUGCAGAGUGGGAUAUAGCUGAAACAAGGGCUGGGGGACCAUUUCCAGAGAUUCUGCAGUACGACAUCUUUGUGAACUGUAUAUUACUCACUGAGGUACUAGUGUUUAACUUAGAAAAUUCCCCACCCCCUCCCCUUCACACUCUAACUACCUGAGAUACCCUGUUGAACGUGAUUUUUUCUACUUGGUAAAUGGUGUAAAAAGAAAUUCUGGUAGCAUAUUGAUAUGUUGUUAUGUUUUUUAUGCAUUAGAAAAUCCCCCCGUUCAUUACCAAGGAAAUGUUGGACACAGAUGAAAGGUAAUGCACCUAUCAAUGUAAACCCCUUGGGAGGGGGGGGGGGGAGUGCGGGCAAGGGGUGGGGAUUUGACAAAUUUUUAAAAUUUUUGGUUAAAAUUCCCCAGGGUGGGAAACGAAAGGUCAAUCAAAAGUGUCAAAAAAGCCCCCACCCCAGGGGAAAAAUCUAAACAAACAGUACUAUAAUACUAUAUAAAACGAAUAAAAGAUCAUUUCAAAAGUACGUUCUUACUACUUUUAUUUAAGGUUAAACGUAAGUUUAUACCUGCCAACUCUCACGCCUUAGGCGUGAGACUCACGCCUGCGGGUUGAAAACUUCGAUCUCACGCCGGCUCACGCUUGCGGGCCAAUUUCUCACGCCUGAUAGAAAAAUGUGAGUUGUUGCCGUCUUGCUUGACACAAUUCCCAAAAAUAUGUUAACUCAGACACGUGUAAGGAACGAAAACCAUGUGUAAAAUGAAUAAAUGACAAUACCUUCCUCGCGAUCUCUGAUUUUGUGGAUAAGCGUUUUCUCGAUAACUUCGCCUUCGGCAGACUUCGGACUUCUCCGGAAGACUUCGAACUUCUUCGGAAAUCUUCGGAAAUGAUCGUGUCGUCUUCAAAAAUCCCAGCACUCCCAGGAUAAAAAUCUCACGCUUAUAUCUCAGAAAAAGUUGGCAGGUAUAUAAGUUCCGUUAAAUUACUCGCUGUAAUUAAGUAUUUUCUCUCUCCGCUAGCAUCUCUUAUUUUGAACAACACAAUCGCUCCAGGAAGAUUGACCGUGCUAUUAUAUUAAUGAAACGUAAAAUGCUUUAUAACAUCUGCUCAACAUGUCGGAACAGGUCGGAUCAGUGACCUGUAAAAAAUCCUCUGACUUUCAAUCGAGGUUUACAAUCAGAUGAGAACUUGAAGAUAAAAUCUUUCUCAAAAUAGACAUUAUCUGUUUAGAUGACAGUGUAAAGUAUCGGAUUAUGGCGAUUAAAACAAAUGAAAACUUCAUACCAUUCUCUAACAGCGUGACUUUCAGAAAGCCUCGAGGGACGGACUUGGUAACCGCUUCUGAAUUGAUACCAGGCUUCUAUCGGUCAAAGUCAAAUGUCCCGACCCUGGGGUCGCUUCACACGAUCAAAAGCCCGACAGGGGGAUAGUCCUAGACAUCAACUCCCCUCCCCUUGCCCGCACUCCACUCCCCCCCCCCACGGGAUUUACAUUGAUAGGUGCAUAAAACAACUACUUUUAUGUUGGAAACUAGUCAGGAUCUGUGUUGGGGGUGGGUGGGGGGGAGUAAAGUUAUGUGGCUCUCUCCUCCGCAAAGAAGCCUAAAAAAAAAGAGGACUGAGAUGUGUGGACCAAAAACUUCCAUGGGGCUUAUUUUUCUGCCUAUCUCCAACCCUCUGGUGAAACAAAGAGUCCUCUGCUAGGAGAGCUACAACCCCAGACAAAACACUUGAGCCUGACAUUUCCAUGGAUUUUCUAACUCGUGCCAUGAAUCUCCGCUCAAAGGAGCAAAGUCUGCCCCCCUCCUUUACUUACCCCCUGUUAAAUGUUGUUUAGGCUAACAUCUAAAAAUAGGUAUUUUCCUCUAAUUAUUGUUUUGUGUCCUAACAGGUUUUGUCUGAUGUUGUAGCUUUUAGUACCGGGCAACAUUAUUGCUUUGCAGUAUCAUUAACCUGGCCCACAUUUUUUUUAUGAACAGGUCCCUAAGUAUUGUUGUUGACAUCAGCUGCGAUGCAAGCAGUCCUAACAACCCUCUGCCAUUUUACGACACUUGCACAUCCUUCAAAGAGCCAACUUGCAGAGUGAAACUAAAGUAAGUCAUUCCAAGAUAGAGUUUCUUUGAUGAUUAAGAAGACAGGGAAAUCUACCAUCAGAAAGGUCAGAAAAAUUUCCCAGCACCAGAUAAGAGUCGAACUCACGACCCUCCGCGUUCUGAGAUCGUACACUCUAAUCACUCAGCUACUGGAGCACUCUAUGGCGAGUUGUUUGUAAUUUAAUUACGACUUUUGAAACUAGUUUAACAGAGUUGUUGCUAUUUUUAAGGGUUUGAAUUGGUAAAACUACCGUAACGGGUAACUUGAAGAAAAAAAUCGCAAAAAACUAAUUGUUAUGUUGUCUUGCUUUGUAUUUUUAGCAAGUCAUCAAAGCCCUUAGAUGUUGUUGCCAUUGAUCAUUUUCCCUCCUUAUUGCCGAGAGAAAGUAGCACAAGAUUUGCAGAUGACUCUACUCCACAUUUGCUCAAAUUAACUCAGGUGUGCUUUGACUAUCUUAAAAUACACCAAAAGUAGUUUUUCUCUUUAUUCCCGGGCUGUGGUGAUGAAUGGAAAGUAAAACAUUCAAAUAAGCCAGGAUAACUUUUAGGUUUUGGGGCUUUUCUGUUCUCUUGAAUGAGCUCGUGGCUUAGCUUGGCCUAUAGGCUGGAUGACGUUCAAAUUAUUGCAAGGGACUUAGGUAAAAGGUGACCGAUAAACUGGUCUGCUUUAAAUGUACCUGAACGCCGGCAGUUACGGCGCGGACAGGAUAUAGACAUCAAAGAAUAAGUCCACACCAGGGUGUCAUAACUCGGAAAGGUUAUCGCUGGCAUUGAAAAAGUCUUCAAAACCGCUGAGCCUGAGAAACUUCUCGGGUACGUGUAUUGUAUGGGGUUACUCUCCGUAGCGGGCGGGAUUUAGCUAAGCGUGCCGAGGUGCUUUUUGUUUCAGCAGUACAGCAGUGAGAAGAACGGGUCUUUAACCCCUGGAGCCGCCCCAGCGGCCUUACCGCUAGUUACUCGUAUACGCGCGCAGUGCUGAAGAGCAUUCCACCCCCUAGCCUGUGUACAGACCCCUCCUCCCCUCAGGAAGCCUAUGUGUUCUUCGAACUCCUAGUUUGGGGAGAAUCAUUGCGUCGGAGAGUUUUAAUGUCCGUGAUAUGAGCCAGUCAUCUUGUAAGUUCUUAGGAAUGAUUUUGUUGCUUUGCUUUUCACAGGUUGAUUCUUAUCCCGUGUGGGUGAAUGCCAAGAAAAUGUUUGACCUAAAAUCGGCAGAAGCCGAGGCUCUCCUUAAAAAAUAAGAAAAACAACAGAUGAGGCAACGCUAUCUUCGUUAACUGGAACAUAUGCAUCAGAAGAAGAUCAGACGCAGCUGGCUUGCGAAAAUUAAAAUGGUAGAGGCAAUAAAAUAUUUGACGUCCACACUGGCGUUUUCAUAUGAGUUACACGUUCGAUCACUGGCCUAUACGGG